GGACGCCUAGGAAAAAAGUAUCACCACCUACGUCGACAUCCCACUUCGGUUCGAUUUGUCCACGCUCGCUCCGAAUACAUAAGUCUUACAAUGUCGAACAACAACUGGCAAGAGGAGGCCAUGCGCCGUCUCCGACAGAUGCAGCAGGCCCGAGGUGGUGGAGGAGGAGGCCCUCAGAUGCCCCGAGCAGCCGGUGGCGCCCUUGCUGGUGGUCUUUUGCUUGCCGGUGGUGCUCUGUUCCUGUCUAACUCGCUUUUCAACGUCGAUGGUGGUCAACGAGCCAUCAAGUACCAGAGAUUAACUGGUGUCAGCAAGGAAAUCUACAACGAAGGAACACACAUCAAUAUUCCUUGGUUUGAGACUCCUAUUGUGUACGAUGUCCGAGCGAAGCCACGCAACGUUGCGUCCUUGACUGGCACCAAGGAUUUGCAGAUGGUCAACAUCACCUGCCGUGUGCUUUCCCGCCCUCAGAUCGAUGCUCUGCCCCAGAUCUACCGAACACUAGGCACCGACUACGAUGAGCGUGUGUUGCCUUCUAUUGUUAACGAGGUUCUCAAGAGUGUUGUUGCCCAGUUCAAUGCCAGUCAGCUCAUCACACAGCGAGAGAACGUCGCUAGACUGGUGCGAGAGAACCUUGCUCGACGAGCUGCCCGAUUCAACAUUCUUCUGGACGAUGUCUCUCUAACUCACCUUGCCUUCUCUCCCGAAUUCACAGCCGCCGUUGAGGCCAAGCAGGUUGCCCAGCAAGAGGCCCAGCGAGCUGCCUUCGUUGUCGACAAGGCAAGACAGGAGAAGCAGGCCAUGGUUGUCAAGGCACAGGGUGAGGCCCGCUCUGCCGAACUGAUUGGUGAGGCCAUCAAGAAGAACAAGGCCUACCUGGAGCUCAAGAAGAUCGAGAACGCUCGACUGAUCGCUGCUCAGCUUCAGGAGGCUGGCUCCAAGAACAGGCUGAUGCUUGAUUCCGAGGGUCUGGGUCUCAACGUUUUCGACAAAAACGAUAAGAGCUAGGCGAAUGAUUGAUGAGAGAGCCGCGGAAGAUGAAAAGAGGUGUCUAUUAGGUUUAAUGUAACUCUCCACUGUAUGUCUAACUACCAAAAGGGUUGUACUAUUAUGAAUAAUGAGGUAGUGAAAGCAAACUACCUAUUCUGCUCUGCUG